AUGUUAAUCGACAGGGGAGCGAACAUUGAAGCUGCCAGUAAUAAAUACCUAACUGCUUUACACGUCGCAACUAAUAAAGGUCACUUGGAUGUACUCGAAGUAUUAAUUAGUAAGGGCGCCAAUAUUAAUGCUGGUUCUAUAGGACAAAUCACUUCAUUGCAUAUUGCUUCUAUAAAUGGAAACUUGGAUGUAGUAGAAUUUUUGAUUAGUAAAGGCGCCGAUCUUAAUGCUGUUACUAAAAUAUUUCCUCUCUCUUGCUUUUAUACUUCCCAAAAUGGUUACUUUGAUAUAUUCAAAUACUCGAUGAUGAAAGGUAGCAAUACUAUUAGUGAGCAUGGGACUCCAUUACACUAUGCAUCUCGACAUGGUCAUUUAGAGGUAGUGCAAUGCCUGAUUAAUAAGGGUAUAAAUAUUAAUGCUGUUGAUAUAGAAAAUUUGACUCCAUUGCAUUGGGCCUCUGAAAAUGGUCAGUUGAAGGUUGUGCAGUAUCUGAUUAGUAAAGGCGCCAAUGUCAAUGCAUAUUGCAAAAGAAUAUACACUUCGUUAUAUAUUGCAGCUCAACAUGGUCACUUGGAGGUAGUGCAAUUUCUAGUUAGUGAAGGCGCCAAAGUCAAUUUUUUAACUAAAGAAAAUUGGACUCCAUUGCAUAUUGCAUCUGAAAAUGGUCACUUGGAGGUAGUGCAGUUUCUUAUCAGUAAAGGCGCCAAUGUUCAUGCUGAUAGUAUUACAAAUUCGACUCCAUUGCACUUAGCUGCUGAAAAAGGUCACUUGGAGGUAGUGCAGUUUCUGACUAGUAAUAGCGCCAAUGUCAAUGACACAACUAACACAAAUUGGACACCACUGCACUUAGCUGCUGGAAAAGGUCACUUGGAGGUAGUGCAGUUUCUGGCUAUUAAUGGUGCCAAUGUCAAUGCCGUUACUGAAAAUAGUUGGACUCCAUUACAUAGUGCAUCUCAAAAUGGUUGCUUAGAAGUAGUGCAGUUUCUGAUUAGUAAAGCUGCUGAUGUCAAUGCUGUUGACAACAGAACUAGGAGUCCGUUAUAUAUCGCAGCUCAAAAUGGUUAUUUGGAGGUGGUGCAAUUUCUGAUUAGUAAAGGCGCCAAUGUCAAUGCUGGAAGUAAUACAAAAUGGUCUCCAUUGCACGGUGCAUCUCAAUACGGGCGCCUGGAAGUGGUGCAGUUUUUGCUUAGUAAAGGAGCCGAUAUCAAUGCUAAAAGUUUUAUAAAUUGGACACCACUGCACUGUGCAGCCAAUAAUGACCGCAAAAAUGUUGUCCAACUACUGAUGGACAAAGGUGCAAAACUUCAUGUCGAAAAUAACUGUAACAAAACCGCGAUGAACCUUGCAUAUAAAAAAGGACAUAUAGAAAUCAUUGAACUAUUGAGUGCACAAAAUAGAAAAAAUUAUAUGAAUGCAAUUUUUGACUUAAAUAAAUGA